AUGGCUAAUGCUUUUGAUCCUGAAAACUUCUUCGCGCGUCGAUGCUUAUGGGUUAAUGGACCCGUCAUUGUUGGUGCAGGUCCAUCUGGUCUAGCAGUUGGCGCUGGCCUUAAACAACAAGGUGUGCCAUUUAUAAUGCUCGAAAGAGCUAAUUGCAUUGCCUCUCUAUGGCAAAACAAUACGUAUGACCGCCUCAAGCUUCACCUUCCCAAACAAUUCUGCCAACUACCCUAUUUCCAAUUCCCAAACAACUUCCCAGAAUACCCAACAAAAUAUCAGUUCAUUGACUAUCUUGAGUCCUAUGCAAAGCACUUUGAGAUAAGCCCAAGGUUCAAUGAAUCUGUGGAGUCUGCUAAGUAUGAUGAAACUUGUGGUUUGUGGCGUGUCAAGACCGUUACUAGCAGCGGCUCAAUAAAGGGUGAAGUUGAGUACAUUUGUAGAUGGCUUGUGGUGGCCACCGGAGAGAAUGCAGAGAAGAUGGUGCCUGAAUUCGAGGGCUUGCAGGACUUUGGUGGCAAUGUCAUGCAUGCUUGUGACUAUAAGUCCGGUGAGACUUAUCGUGGUAAGCGUGUGUUAGUAGUUGGUUGUGGCAAUUCAGGCAUGGAGGUCUCUCUUGAUCUUUGCCACCACAAUGCUCAUCCAUCUAUGGUGGUUCGAAGCUCGGUUCAUGUCUUGCCAAGGGAAGUUCUUGGGAAAUCGACGUUCGAAUUAGCAGUUUCAAUGAUGAAAUGGCUGCCAAUUUGGCUAGUUGAUAAAACACUGCUUGUUAUUGCAAGAAUGGUGCUUGGAAAUAUAGAGAAGUACGGUCUGAAAAGGCCAUCAAUGGGACCUUUACAGCUCAAGAACACUGAAGGAAAGACUCCUGUGUUGGACGUUGGUGCUUUACAGAAAAUUAGAUCUGGUGAGAUCAGGAUUGUCCCUGGAAUUAAAAAGUUCUCGCCCGGUAGAGCCGAGCUUAUUAAUGGUGAAAAUCUUGAGAUUGAUUCUGUUAUUUUGGCAACAGGGUAUUGCAGCAAUGUCCCUUCAUGGUUAAAGGAAAAUAAAUUCUUUUCCCGAAGUGGGAUUCCCAAAUCUCCAUUUCCAAAUGGGUGGAAAGCCAAAGAUGGUCUCUAUGCAGUUGGGUUCACAAAGAGAGGUCUCUCUGGUGCAUCAUUAGAUGCCAUUAGAGUAGCUCAUGACAUUGGCAAAAUCUGGAAUGAAGAAACAAACCACAAAAAACAUUCGGUCACGGUCGCGGUCGCUCGCCAUAGAAGAUGCAAAUCACAUUGCUAAUAUGGUGGAUUUAGUACUAAUAAGGAUGUCUCUGCCAUUUUUUUUUUUUUUUAUCAAUUUUCCUUUGUUAACUUGUUACAGAUUAGGAAAAAAAAAAGAAAAAAAGAAAAAAAGAAAAGAAAAAAAAGAUUGUUACAGAUUAAUCAAACUAAGUUCGGGUUGUGUACAAAAUAAUGUAACAAGAAAGGGGACACAUGAAACUGAGAGCAGCCCUCUUCAGGAGAAUACCAAGUCCUAGCAGGGUUUGGGCAUUUUGUGAAUAGGAAGAUGAGGCUUUUUGAUGUUCU